UCCAUACUUUCCUGUUCACACUGGAAAACUGAAUAGUAACAGUGCAAAGGCCCUGGUCGAUAAAUCCAUCAAACAGCUGUUUUCUUUAAAGAAGUGCAUAAUGUUCGAUUUCUGAUUAUGUGACAUUAAUGGUUCAUGUGUUGUGUAUGCUCUCGGAUUAGACUGAAGAAUUUUUCCGGUCUGUUUUUGCUGAAUUCUCGUCAUGGACCGCGCGCCUUCUUUCUUGCGCAUCGAUCCGUUAAAAGACCAGCAUCUACCCGAUUCCACAGCCAUCAAGUACUACACCGAGACGGAUAUCGGAAGUCUGCUGGACAAGCUGAGUAUUAAAACCGCGUUUCUCAAAGAAGAAACCGAUUUAUUCCGUCGUUAUGCGGACCGCAUAACCCAGGGGAAAGGAUUUAAAACCAAGGAACGCGACAAUGCUGGAAUGGCGGAGAACCCACUGGAGAUGCUCCAAGAGCUGCUGGUGUUGACUACGGAACAGAAAGGUGAUAUUGCAUCGCACGAAGCCGAUGAGCGUCGACAGGAGCUGUCGCAAGUGGAGAAAGCGGCCAAACGCCAAGCAGACAAGUAUGAAUGCAAGAUGAAAGAGUGCGACCAGUUCAAGGAAUUCGUGGAGUAUCAGAAUAAGGAUUUCGAGCAUAAGAUCAUCAGCAAGAAUGCCAGCGCGGAACGGUUUAUCAAGUGGCUCGAGGAUACAGCGCGGCGGUUGGAAUUGAUGUACCGUUCGGAGAACUUAGCGAACCAAUCCAAUUAUGCGCAGAUACGUGCGCUGCGGGCGACGCUACAUAAACAGGAAGAACUCGGCGAAAACCUCACUCAAGUGGAUUUUAUGAAAGUGGAGAUUGAGAAUCGUCUGUUAGUGCAAACAUCCGACAAGCUGAAAUCCGAUAUCCAGACUACCAAUAAGGAGAAUAAUAAAACGUCGCUUGCGCUGGCGGAAUUAACGAUACUGAUUCCGCAGCAACGGUCGAUUGAUCUCAACCGGUACAUCCAAGAAGGCCAGGAGAAGCUGAAGAGUAACGCCGAGAUUCUCCGACGGAUUGAGAAGGAGAUGGGCGAAACGGUGGAAAUGGCCCGGAAGCUGGACGACUGGAAUAGCGUGGCCAACGGGCGCAACGCGCGCUGCCCGUCGAUCGCGGUGUAUAUUCAGAUUGAGAAAGAUAUUGAGCUGCUGCAGCAGCUGAGGAAGGAAGCCAUGCGGAAGGUUCAAAUUAUUCAGAUGGCAAAACAGUUGAAAUCGAAGAAAUCUCGCGGGCCGUCACUGGAAGAAGAACUCCAGUGGACGCGACCGGCCAUGGUGCACCUCCCCUCGCAACCCGAGCCGUAUGAAAUCCCCGCGAUUGUCGGCAGCAGAUCGAUGUUGCAUUCAACAGCGGAUUACGCAGCGUCUUCCAAAUAUAGGGUAAAAAUUCUGUGAUGCUUUUCUGAUGCUGCCGAUUCAGUGGCUCGUACCGCAAUGCGCUCGUACAGUUUCUUUUAGUAAUGCUGUUCCACAGUGUACCGUCGCUACCCAACAGUGACGUUUAUUUAUCAAGCAACACAGGCAAAUUUGAUUACGUUAAACAUUUGUCUAGUGAAAACAAAUAGCGCCACCAUCUGAACACUAAUAAAAAAU